AUGCUCCCCACUCAGUUGUUUGUUACACCCACCACUGCAGCAAUGACCAGCAGUUCAGGAAGUCAUCAAGAUCUUGCCGAUUUUGCAUCUUCUAUGGUUUAUUUGAUGUGGCAUGCAAGAAAGACAACCAAGGCUUUAGUUUCAGAAAGAUCUUAUUCACCUUCACUGGUUGGAAACGAUUUGGCUUAUCUCAUGUGGCAAUCGAGAAAGCCUAUGACUAAAGCUCAACACUACUCUCCUCUUGGUGGUGAUCACUCCUUCUCUUACACCGCAAGUCCUGCAUUCAAGAAGUUUUGCUAUCAGGUGCUUACGGCUACCCAAUUGCAGGAAUCCGCUGUAUACCUCUCUUUGAAGUAUAUUGCUAUACUGUUACAAUCAAAUCCUUCCAUUGAAGGUGCUGAAGGCUCCGAAUAUCGCUUAUUCAUCGUCGCUCUAAUGUUGGCCAACAAAUUCUUGGAUGAUAACACAUUUACAAACAAAACUUGGUCCGAUGUGAGUGGAAUGAAGGUACAUGAUUUGAACAUCAUGGAAGCGGAAUUUCUUGAGGCUUUAGAUUACAACCUGUUCGUUCGUGAAUACGAUUACUCUGUGUGGAAACAUUUAUUAGAAGAAUGUCGUGAAAGAGCACAAAUGUCUUACUACGAUGGACCUCAGCAACGUCAGCAAUUAGUCUUGAUGACACUGCAAACCCUUGGACUUUACACUCCUUCCACAUCACCAGUUUCUUCCACAGUCAGUUCUCCUACGACUUCGUUCCAUGAUUGGGAUGCUGCGGCUGCAAGAUUGCAAUUGGAAAAUUCACAUAGACGAUACCAACACUUUUUGCAACAAAAGGUUCCUCCGACCCAAUUACCUUACGUUAUGCAACCACCUGUUGGCUACGGCUACAACGCAUGUGGAUACAUAAAUGACUAUCCUAUCACCAAUUUGUCUCAGUCCUCAUGGGAUCCCCUUGCUUACAGUCUCAACCGUUGUCAAGACCUCUCAUAUUACUCCAACAGUGCGCAGAACUUCGCCUCUGCCAGACCCAUUUCUUGGAGAAACUACAACUAA